UUCGGGAUUUAGACGAAGGUUGCAAGGGCUUGUCGAAGGUAGUCUCGUGGUACCACAGUCGCAGGUAAAGUUGCGCUUGUUGAAGAUCUCGACGAGGGUGUGCUCGCCAUGGCAUUGCACCGAGCAGGCAUAGCAGACGCCGGCGGCAUUGUAGGGAUCGGACGAGUUCGCGGGCGGGGGAUUGCAAGUGAGGCAAGCAAAUACUGCCUGUCGGAGAGGGCCGAGGGCAUUGGUACAGUUCUCGAUGCUCUAUUAAGACACCAUGGUUAGAUCAGCGCAUUGUGUUCAAUGGGUCAAGAGUCGUACAUAAGGAAGAGCCUCGCGCGCAUCGGCCUCUAGCUGCAUCUGGUCGCGCAAGAAACUAGAAAGUGGUGUUAGUAGUAAUCACCACAUCUUCCACCAGCAUCAUCAUGAACAUACUCGGCGGCAGUCUGCGAAUCGCUCGACUUGUGCGACCCUAUGCUGUCGCUGCGAGGCUUGUUGCGCGCGACUGAAGCAUCCCCUCCAUCCUCAGGAACGUCGGCGACGGAGGCCGACUUGGGCGCCGAGGCAGGAUCCAUGAUGAAUUGUCAGGUAUCAACGACAAAGUCAACCAGAACCAAAAACAAAAAAAGGUGGAAGGUGAGAUGAUAGAUCGAUUCCGAUGAUGGUUCUCUUCCGAGUCGCGCAUCACUGUCGGAGCUUAUCUUAUCGCUAAAGUGCAGGGUAGGUGCCAAGACCACUUAACGCGCCCUGGGCACCUCGACACGAAAUCAACGCGAGAUUCCAAGGGGGGAAAGCAAUCUGUGACGCGAGGCCCCUGUUCCCAUUUUCCAAUCCCCUCCAUUGUGUGUUGCCGAAUCGACCAUUGUUGCCCACAUCGUCUCUCUUUCAGGACAGGCUCAUCCACCACUUCCCUCUUUUUUGUCGGAACGAUAACGAUACCCUUCCUUACUGCUAUACAGUCACAUAACAACCGCAAACAUGAGCUCCCCACUUCGUGAUAACCCGUCCUCCGCCAACCGUGGCGCACCAGCCCGGGGAAACAGAAAGCGCUCACGCACUAAUGGUGAAGAUGCGCCUUCUUCCAUUGCGGGCGCCUCCAGCCCCGCCCUGCCCUCCUCCCCCCCGGCCUUCCACACCAUCGCCCAUGGCGCCGACGACGACGACGAGGUUGAGGAAGAUGUUGAGAUCCCGGAUGAUCUCGACGAUUUGGAUGAAGCCGCCGAGGAUGAUGUGGACCUGUUCAGGGAUGGCUUUGAGCAAGAUUACCGCAGCAGGGAGGACGAUCGAUAUGAGGGCAUUGAUCUUGACGACGAGGGCGACUACGACGCCAUGAAUCUUGGUGACAGGCGACGUCUCGAGGCCCAACUUAACCGCAGAGAUCGAGAGGUUGCCAGGCGGCAACGCCUCCCUGCCGCUUUCCUUCCUGGUGAAGAAGACGGCGAUAUCGAUCUCUCAGCCCAGCCUCGCCGUCGCAGACAUCGCUACGAUGAGGACCCUGAUGAGGAUAUGGAUGGUGAUAUCAUGGAUGAGGAGCUCUCACUCGAGGCCCUCCAUGAUGUCAAAGCUUCCAGUCUGACAGACUGGGUGUCCCAACAAGCCGUCCAGCGCACAAUCAAGAGAGAGUUCAAGGCCUUCCUCACAGAGUACAUCGAUGAUAGCGGCUCGUCAGUUUACGGCAACCGCAUCAGAACUCUUGGUGAGGUGAACGCUGAGACUCUCGAGGUUUCUUAUGAGCACCUCUCCACUUCUAAGGCCAUCUUGGCCUACUUCUUGGCCAACGCUCCUGCCGAGAUGCUCAAGCUGUUCGACGAGGUUGCUAUGGAUGUCGUUCUGCUGCAUUACCCUGAUUACGAGCGUAUCCACGCCGAGAUUCACGUCCGCGUUUUUGACCUUCCCGUUCACUACACCCUUCGCCAGCUUCGCCAGUCUCACCUCAACUGCCUUGUGCGUGUGAGCGGUGUGGUGACGAGAAGAUCCGGCGUCUUCCCUCAGCUCAAGUACGUCAAGUUUGACUGCACCAAGUGCGGUGUCACACUCGGUCCCUUCCAGCAAGAGUCCAAUGUCGAAGUCAAGGUGUCAUACUGCCAGAGCUGCCAGUCUCGCGGCCCCUUCACCCUCAACUCGGAGAAGACCGUCUACAGAAACUAUCAAAAGCUCACCCUCCAAGAAUCGCCCGGCACAGUCCCUGCCGGUCGUCUUCCCCGUCACCGUGAGGUUAUUCUCCUUUGGGAUCUCAUCGACAAGGCCAAGCCCGGUGAGGAGAUCGAGGUGACCGGUAUCUACCGCAAUAGCUACGAUGCCCAGCUCAACAACCGCAACGGCUUCCCGGUCUUUGCCACUAUCCUCGAGGCCAACAACAUCAUCAAAUCUCAUGAUCAGCUCGCUGGUUUCCGCAUGACAGAUGAAGACGAACAUGAGAUCCGUCGCCUGUCCAAGGAUCCCCACAUUGUAGACAAGAUUAUCAACUCUAUUGCCCCAAGCAUUUACGGGCACACCGACAUCAAAACCGCUGUCGCACUGUCUCUCUUUGGAGGUGUAGCCAAGGUUACCACGGGCGGUCACCGUGUCAGAGGAGACAUCAAUGUGUUGCUGCUCGGCGACCCAGGUACCGCCAAGUCCCAAGUUCUCAAGUAUGUCGAAAAGACCGCCCACCGUGCCGUCUUUGCCACCGGUCAGGGUGCCUCCGCAGUCGGUCUGACAGCCUCGGUCCGCCGCGACCCUCUCACCAGCGAGUGGACGUUGGAAGGCGGCGCCCUUGUCCUGGCAGACAAGGGAACCUGCCUGAUCGACGAGUUCGACAAGAUGAACGACCAGGACAGAACAUCCAUCCACGAAGCCAUGGAGCAACAGACCAUUUCCAUCUCCAAGGCUGGUAUCGUGACUACCCUGCAGGCUAGGUGCGGCAUCAUUGCCGCCGCCAACCCCAUUGGCGGGCGAUACAACUCUUCCAUCCCCUUCAGCGCCAACGUCGAACUCACCGAGCCGAUUCUGUCCCGUUUUGACAUUUUGUGCGUGGUGAGGGACACGGUCGAGCCGGAGGAGGACGAAAGGCUGGCCAAGUUUAUUGUUGGGUCACACUCGAGAAGUCAUCCGCUGUCCCAGUCGCAGGCGGCUAACACCCAGAAUGGCGGGCAGUCGAUGGAGGUGGAGCAUGAUUCUGCCCAGCAAGAGACGCAGCAGAAUGGGAUCAAGAAGGAGGACCAGAUCCCGCAGGAGCUGCUGAGGAAGUACAUCUUGUACGCGAGGGAGAAGUGCUCGCCCAAGCUGUAUCACAUUGAUGAGGACAAGGUGGCGAGGUUGUUUGCUGACAUGAGGAGGGAGAGUUUGGCGACGGGGGCUUAUCCUAUUACUGUCCGUCAUCUGGAGGCUAUCAUCCGUAUUGCGGAAGCUUUCUGCAAGAUGAGGUUGAGCGAGUACUGCUCUGCGCAGGAUAUUGACCGGGCGAUUGCCGUCACGGUGGAGAGUUUUGUGGGGAGUCAGAAGGUCAGCUGCAAGAAAGCGCUGGCGAGGGCUUUUGCAAAGUAUACGCUUGCUCGGCCGGGGGCUACGAACGGGACGCAGUCGCAGGGGAGGAGGGGGAGAACGGCUGUGAAGGCUUGA